AUGGCCGGUUCAAAAUAUGCGUACGUGCGCAACUUCGAGCUGCCCGACCCGCUCCUCCCGGGUACCUUCCUCGUCUGUAGGCUCGAUGGUCACUCUUUUCAUCGAUUCUCAGACGAACACGGCUUCUCAAAGCCCAACGACGAACGCGCCCUCCGCGUCAUGGAUGCGGCCGCGCAGAGCGUCAUGGAAGAGUACAAAGACAUCCUGCUCUCCUUUGGCGAGUCUGACGAGUUCAGCUUCCUCCUCCGCAAGUCCACUCAGCUAUAUAACCGCCGGCACGCCAAGAUCCUGACGACGCUCACCUCGUACUUCACAUCGUGCUACGUCUUCCACUGGCCGAAGCACUUCCCGGACACGCCGCUCCGCUACCCGCCGUCGUUUGACGGGCGCAUCGUGCAGUACCCGAGCGCGCGGGAGGUCAGGGACUAUUUUGCGUGGCGCCAGGUCGACACGCACAUCAACAACCUGUACAACACCACCUUCUGGGCGCUCGUCCAGCAGGGCGGGCAGAGCACGACGCAGGCGCACGCGACGCUCAAGGGCACAUUCUCCAAACAAAAGCACGAGAUCCUGUUCUCGCGCUUCGGAAUCAACUACAACGCGCUCCCGGAGCAGUUCAAGAAGGGGAGCGUGCUCGUACGCGAGAUUGUUCAGGGCAAACGAGACAAAAAGGACAGCAGCAGAGACACGAUGGCGAUCUCGCUUGUGCACUGUGACAUAAUCGGGGACGCGUUCUGGGACGCGCGUCCGCAUCUUCUCGUCGAGUAG